AUGGGAGCGCAGCAGCAGCAGGAAACGAAUGGGAAGGAGGCGGAGGAGGGCGGCGUCGGCAAGAGGAGGAAGGUCGACACCGACGUCACCAUGGACCUCGACAUCCUCGACAUCCUCGACUGCCCCGUCUGCUUCCUCCCCCUGCGCCCUCCCAUCUUCCAGUGCACCGUGGGGCAUGCCAUAUGUUCGUCUUGCCGUGACAAGCUCCGAGACAAGUGUUACCUCUGCUCCCUUCCCACAGCCUACAAUCGCUGCCACAUGGUCGAAAAAGUCGUUGAAUCUAUCAAACUUGCUUGCUCCAACAGUAGUCACGGAUGCACAGCAAGGAUAACCUACUACCAGAAAGAAGAGCAUGAGAAAGGUUGUCAACAUGCGCCAUGUUUCUGCCCCGAAACUGGCUGCAGCUUCAGUGGACCGACCAAAGUGCUCCUGGAGCAUUUUUUAGGCGAGCACGAUUGGUGGUAUGGGGAAAAGGAUCUUAGGUACGGCAAAGCAUACAGGAUCAAGACGUUGCUGGGAGUCCUGGGACCAACUGUCUUGAUGGGUAAUGACGGGCGCCUCUUCCUGGUCAACAUGACAAUGGAGUCCCUCGGCGGUGUCAUCUCAGUUUGCUGCGUUGAGCCUCACAUUGUUGGAUCCAGGUUCAAGUGCAGGCUGGCAUUGUCGUGCGGUGAACCAAGCUACUCCCAGACUACGGAGUUCUUAACGAGUAGCACUAAUCUGCAUGAUGGGUUUCCUAAAGAUUGCUUCCUGUUCCUUGUGCCAAAGGUGUUGCUUGGAGACACCGGUACAAACCCCACAGCCACGGUGUGUGUGACCCUCAAGCCACAGUAA